UUACCUGCAUUUCUAAUGGAUGGUGAUUUUCUUAUUGGAGGUGUUUUUUCUUUACAUUACAAAUUGAAUACAGUGAUUUAUAAUUAUAUCACCAAGCCUGAACCUUGGAAAUGCACAGGAAGUCUAAUAGCCCGAGAACUACGUUUUACUCGCACAAUGAUGUUUGCUAUCGAAGAGAUAAACAACAGCACAGAGCUGCUGCCAGGCAUCAAACUUGGAUAUCAGAUCUAUGACUCAUGCGCUUCAGUUCCCAUGGUUGUGCAUUUGGCAUUUAGGCUAUCAAACGGCCAGGAUCCAGUGUUUUACAAUGGGAGUAAUUGUUCCCAAUCUGGACUGAUGUUGGCAAUUGUUGGAGACUCUACAUCCUCAUCAUCAAUUAGCAUAUCCCGCAUCAUUGGGCUUUUUGACAUUCCUCUGGUGAGUCACUUUGCCACCUGUGCCUGCAUGUCAGAUAAACAGCAGUACCCAACUUUCUUCAGAACAAUUCCCAGUGAUCAGUUUCAAGCUGAUGCUCUGGUCAAGCUGGUGAAACACUUUGGCUGGACUUGGAUAGGUGCUGUCCGCUCAGACUCAGAAUAUGGAAAUUAUGGCAUGGGGUCUUUUCUUGAUGCAGCACAGAAAGAGGGGAUCUGCGUGGAGUACUCUGAAGCUUUUGUUUGGAGCGACCCUCCGAGCAAGAUUCAAAGAUUGGCUGAUGUUAUUCGCAGAUCAACAGCAAUGGUUGUUGUGACAUUUAUAGCAUCUGCAGAUGUGAGGGUCCUGUUAGAGGAGCUGGCUCGUGAGCCUCCACCACUUCGUCAGUGGAUAGGAAGUGAGGGCUGGAUCACUGACCCUUACUUGAUGAGAUUCAGUUUAUGUGCAGGGGCCAUUGGAGUGGCCAUUCAGCAAUCCGUCAUCCCAGGGCUGAGAAACUUUCUGCUUGAUCUCUCUCCCACUGACGUAGCUGCCUCCUCUGUGCUUACAGAGUUCUGGGAGGAUGCAUUCAACUGCAGCCUGACAAAAAAUGCUGAUCCAAAGAAAAAAGUGUGUGAUGGAAGGGAAGAUAUUAAAACACUCAAAAGCCCAUACACUGACAUAUCCCAGUUAAGAAUUACUAACAUGGUGUAUAAGGCUGUUUAUGCAAUAGCUCAUGCCAUUCACAAUGCUGUGUGUCAGGAAACAAAUUCUACAAUUCAGUGUUUUAAAAACAUCAAAUUAAAGUCAAAAAAGGUUUUAUCUGAACUGAAAAAAGUAAAAUUUUCCAAAAAUGGUUAUCCUGUAUCAUUUGAUGCUAAUGGGGAUCCUGUAGCAUUUUAUGAGCUAGUCAACUGGCAGAAAAGUGAGAGUGGAGUUAUUGAGCUUGUUACAGUUGGAUACUAUGAUGCAUCACUGCCAAAAGGUCAGGAGUUUCAGAUCAACCGGAACAUAACCUGGAUGCAUGGUGGCUCACAAGUACCUGUGUCAGUGUGUACUCAAAAAUGUGCUGCAGGAACUCAUAAAGUGUUACAAAAAGGAAAACCCAUCUGCUGCUAUGAUUGUAUACCAUGUCCUGAAGGAGAGAUCAGUAAUACAACAGAUUUGUCUGACUGCUUGUCGUGUCCCAAUGAAUUCUGGCCUAAUGCAGAAAGAGAUUCAUGUUUCCUUAAACCUGUAGAGUUUCUGUCCUUUGAUGAAGUUCUGGCAACCAUCCUGGCUGGAUUAUCUAUUUUUGGAGCCUGUCUGGCCAUCAUAACAGCAGUUAUUUUCUUUCGACACAGAACAACUCCAAUUGUCAGAGCCAACAACUCUGAGCUGAGCUUCCUGCUGCUCUUCUCUCUGACUCUGUGUUUUUUAUGUUCAUUAACUUUCAUUGGAGCUCCCUCUGAGUGGUCCUGCAUGCUGCGGCACACAGCUUUUGGGAUCACCUUUGUUCUCUGUAUCUCCUGUGUUCUUGGAAAAACUGUAGUGGUUUUAAUGGCCUUCAAAGCUACACUUCCAGGUAGUAAUGCAAUGAAAUGGUUUGGGCUUCCACAACAGAGAAUGACUGUUCUGUUUCUUACAUUCAUUCAAAUUAUAAUAUGUAUUGUUUGGUUGAUACUCAGCCCUCCAUUCCCAGUGAAAAAUCUGACUACAUACAAGGAGAAGAUCAUCCUGGAAUGUGCAUUAGGCUCUGCUGUUGGCUUCUGGGCUGUGCUCGGAUACAUUGGCCUGCUGGCUGUUUUUUGCUUUGUGUUAGCUGUUCUAGCUCGAAAACUACCUGAUAAUUUUAAUGAAGCCAAGCUGAUAACCUUCAGCAUGCUGAUCUUCUGUGCAGUGUGGAUCACCUUCAUCCCAGCAUAUGUCAGCUCUCCUGGAAAGUUUACUGUGGCUGUGGAGAUAUUUGCCAUUCUGGCCUCCAGUUUUGGACUGAUACUGUGUAUAUUUGCUCCAAAGUGUUUCAUCAUAAUGUGUCAACCAGAAAAGAACUCUAAGAAAUAUUUGAUGAACAAAAAAUAG